CCCAAUGUCCUCAACCACUUCUUCUGCGACGUCUCCCCACUGCUCAACCUGUCCUGCACCCAUGUGGCCCUCACAGAGCUGGUGGACUUCAUCUCCGCCAUCGUCAUCUUCUGUGGCACACUCCUGGUGGCCUUAGCCUCCUACUCGGCCAUCACCAUGGCUGUUCUCCGCAUGCCCUCAGUGGCCGCCCGGCGCAAAGCCUUCUCCACCUGCGCGUCCCACCUGGUGGUGGUGGGCAUCUUCUACUCAGCGGCUCUCUUCAUCUACUGCCGGCCCAGCCGCAUCGAGUCCAUGGACCUCAACAAAGUGCUGUCAGUCAUCUACACGGUGGCCACGCCCCUGUGCAACCCGGUCAUCUACUGCCUGCGGAACAGCGAGGUCCAUGCUGCACUGCGGAAGACGCUGCGCUGGCCCUGA